AUCAUCGCUAAUAGCUACAGUUGACUUGUCAUGGCAUUACAGAAGAAGGAACCUCCUUUACCAUCUGAAACGAGAUCAGACUUCGGAUCAGCGACUACACGAUGAAUAAAAUUCAAAACGGCGAUCAAGCGCUUCCGUUAGUUUCCAUUUGGGCCACCAUAACCUACUGCAUUGUGGGAUAUUCGGACGUGAAAACCAGCGCUGGAAUUGGGAAAGGUGUUGCUCUUUAACGUGCCGGGGUCGAGAAACAUCGUUGGCCGGUGUCCGCCAUAAACUCGUCUCUCUACGAGUGACAUGCUGCGAUAUGGAAGUACUUCCCGAAAAGGAUUCAGAAGUAACUUUUAGAUGGGAGUCGAAUAAAAAAUUGGAAGAGGAAAAUUCUGUAGAAAGUUUGAGGAAGUGGUGGCCCUUUUGAAAGAGCUGGCAGAGCUGACUUAAAAAUGACUACUGCUGCCCGACCCACUUUUGAGCCAGCUAGAGGAGGGAAGGGAAAAGGUGAAGGAGACCUCAGUCAACUUUCGAAACAGUAUUCAAGUCGGGACCUUCCUUCACAUACUAAAAUCAAAUACAGGCAACAAACCCAGGAUGUCCCUGAAGAGCUGCGUAGUCGUGACUUCCGUAGGGAACUGGAGGAGAGAGAACGAGUGGCAAUACGUGAGAAGAAUAGGGACCGACCACCCAGAGAGCACACAACGUCAUCUUCAAAGAGACCGCGCCUGGAUCAGAUACCUGCAGCAAACCUUGAUGCUGAUGACCCAUUGACAGAUGAAGAAGAGGAGGAAAGUUCUGACAGAGACAGUAGCAGUGAAGAUGAUGAUGAUGACGACACUGCUGCCCUUUUGGCUGAACUAGAGAAAAUUAAAAAAGAACGUGCUGAAGAGCAAGCACGCAAGGAGCGUGAACAAAAAGCUGAAGAGGAACGAAUUAGAAUGGAAAAUAUUCUUAGUGGCAACCCUCUACUGAACCUCAUUGGACAGUCAAACUUCAAAGUGAAGCGGAGGUGGGAUGACGAUGUAGUAUUCAAGAACUGUGCGAAAGGAAUAGAUGAGUCAAAGAGGGAUAAAAGAUUUGUGAAUGAUACACUUCGUUCAGAAUUCCACAAGAAGUUUAUGGAAAAGUACAUUAAGUAAUUAACAUUAAGCACCCUGUUCGCUGGUUGCAGGGAACUUAAUUUUCUCUCCUGAGGACUACAAACUAAAUUUUCCUCUGUUUCCACGGAUCUUGUGUCAACUAAACGUAAGGCAAUCGACAUCUGCUUUGAAGUUUCUUUCAGUCCUGCUCUUAGGUAUUAAGAUAUCAAGAAAUAACGGUACACUUCUUCAUGAAGCACCUGAUUUCUACUUCAUUGCAUCCUGUUGCUGCACAGAUGACAUCUGUACGUCUUGAAACUUCUGGUGAAUAUCUGAUUGUAGGUUAUGAGCAAUACCAUGAGAUGUUAAAAAUAGAUUUCAAUUUUUUUGGUGUAGGGCAGGCUUUAAGGAUAUAACUUCCAUCUUUCAACCUAGUAAGUCAGGAAUAAAACAUUUCGUUACUUGACUUUAUCCUGAUUUUAAAAAUAAAUUUUACUAUUAAAAUCCAGUUAAUUUUAAAUUGUGCUAUUGGCAUUGUGAACAAAGUGAAUUCUUGACACAAGUUGAACGGUGAUUUUGUUGUGCUUCACACUUUAAGAUUUGGUGAAGCUAUUAACAUCAACAGAGAUGAAAUAAACUUUGAUCUGGAACAGCAACUUUA